AUGGUUGCUUGCCUAGGUGUGUACAGCAAGACACAGCUGAAGAUGUUUUUGGAUCUGCUGCUCAUCACUCAUGGUGACCUCAACAUCAGUGACACUGAAGCCAUGGGGAGCAGCAGCAGCAGGGCACAGGGAAGCUGUGCAGAGCUCACCUCUCCUGCCUGGAGCUCCAUUGCCUCCAGCCCAUCCUCUCCCAGACUUAGUGGCAAAAUGUCGCAGGUGCAUCUUCUCUGCUUCAGUCUCCUGUUGCUGGGACGUAUCCUGGAUGUGCACGGCGGGAACAACGUCCUUGACUGCUGCCUGCGGACAAGUGAUGUGCCCAUCCCGCGGCGGAUUGUGCAGGAUUACUGGCUUCAGCUGGUGCAGGAUGGCUGUGACAUCCCUGCUGCCGUAUUCAUCACCACAAAGGGCAAGCGCCUCUGUGCACCCCUCCAUUCCCCGUGGGUGAUUCGUCUCCAAGAGAAGCUGGAUGCCAGCUUUGCCAACAGGAGACGGUGUACAGGGCCUUUUUCUGUCACCAGCAUCCCCCAUGUGCUGCCCAUGCUGGUCCUGGAGUGA